AUGGCGGUAUACCAUGGCGCCCAGAGGAGGAUCGGAGGGUGGAGCUCCACCUCACUGCUCACAGGCACAGUGUCGUUCUAUGGUGAUGGCUACAUCCACCUGCGGACAGUGGAGGCAUCAAUUCAGACGUUGCUUCAUGUACGAUUUCGAACUUCCAGUCAGGCAGGGAUGCUGUUUUUAGCUGCCGGACGCAAAGACUUCCUGCUGCUGGAGCUGAUUUCUGGGCGCCUGCAGUUACGUCUGGACCUGGGCUCAGGUGAGCGUUCUCUACGCUCAGAAAAGGGCAUCUAUCUUAGUGACAUGGCGUGGCACUCAAUGGAGCUGACCCACGACCACCAUAACGUCAACAUGACCGUGGACCGAAACUCUCAUACCAGCCUCCGUAUGCCAGGACCAGACCUGGAGCUCAGUGUCAUGGAUGGGCUUUUUGUUGGCUGGGCAGCAGGACUAAACCACCCAUACCUUCUUAACAUCUCCGCUGGGUUUAGAGGUUGCAUAGCUGAAGUUGUGUUCAAUGAACAUAACCUGUUAUCCAGCCUAAGGCCUUAUUCUGGGUACAAGAAUGUCCACGAGGUAUCUUUAGGAUGUAGUCGGCAGUUUUUUGCAACAGAAGAAGAUCCUGUCAGCUUUUUCAGCUCUGAAGCUUUUAUCUCUCUCCCACCGUGGGAAGGGCCACAGGAGGGGGUGUUUGAAUGUGAACUGUCGCCCUCUGCGAGAGAAGAAGAUGGCAUGGUCCUGUAUAGUUCUGGCAACCAGGGAGGGUUUGUUGCUAUAGAGAUCAGAGAUGGUAACCUGGUUGCAACAGUCGGAAAUGAAGAGAAUAAGACUGAGCUGCGUUCUCUAACACAAGUUCACAGCAACCACACCUGGUACCCCAUUCAGCUGCAUUUGCUGCCCAACAGCGUCCAGCUGAAGGUGGGUGAGGAGUUAGUCAAGGCCACCCUGAGUUUGGAGCUCCAGGUCAUACAGCUCAAAGGGCCUCUCUUCCUGGGAGGGCUAGAUGAAGAAGCCCGGGGAGAGGCAAGGCAAGCUGGGCUGAUUUCUGCUGUGCCUGGAGGGCAACUUUCUGGUCAAGGAGGAUCCUUUAAAGGCUGCCUCCGAGAAAUUAGGGUGAACACUCAAAGAACAGGCCUGCCUCAUGCUACUAUCACCAAGGACGUCACUGUGGGCUGUAAGACAGGGCAAGCUCCAUUAGCAGUGACCACCACCAGCCCAACAGCCCGUCCAGAGUUUGAUGUUACAACCACACAACCAGAUACCAACAAUAAGAAGAACCCUAACUUUCUGUUGCUGAAAAACCUAGAAGUUGUGGAGGGAGGCCGGGCACCACUGGAACCCAAACAUAUGAGGGUGAAUCUGGAUUUUCGCAAAUUGGGAAUUCAUCCAUCCAAGUUAAUGUUCCGCAUUGAGGGUCAGCCAGCCCACGGCCAGCUCCGGCUGGACCUCAGUCCUGACCCUGAUGGGAUGCUGGGCGAGGGGCAGGAAAGGACUAUCACAAUAGAAGCAGAAGAGGUCGACCGGACUUUUAGUAUGCUCGACCUGUGGCAGGGCCGGGUGAUGUACGUUCACGGUGGGUCAGAGGACCAGCAUGACUUCUUCAUGUUUUCAGUCUUCUCCAGCAAUAAGAAGGCACUUCCUGUGUUUCUGAAGGACAACCACCUGCAUCGGUUUGACAUCAGCAUCAGUCCUGUUAAUGAUGCGCCUCUGCUAAGCCUGCCAGAGGGAAACAUUUUCACUCUGCUAGAGAAGUCCAAACGACAGCUGACAACAGAUGUGCUGAGGGUGUCGGACCCUGACAGCAAUCCUGAAGAGCUGGUGUUCAGUUCCCUGGGAAACCUCAACACUGAAGUUGGACACCUUGAGCACCAGGAUUACCCUGGCAGGGCCAUUAACUUGUUCUCCCUGAAUGAUCUAGAGGAGGGUAAGAUCAGCUUUGUCCACACUGGCGUCCCUACAUCCCGGCUGGCACUCAGGGUCAGUGACGGGCUGAAGUUGAGCAACACAGUAGUUUUGAGGAUUAUGGCUGUGCCACUUGAAUACAAGCUGGUGAAUAACACUGGACUAGAGGUGAACCAAGGUGGGGCUUCCAUCAUCACAACCAAUCACCUUGCAGUACAAGUAAAUGUGGAUGAUCAGGGAGUCGAAAUCCGCUAUGACGUUACAGAUUUACCACAAUACGGUGAGCUCCAGCGGCUACACUCAAGUGGUGGCUGGAAACUGACAACUUCCUUCUCUCAGAAGCUUCUAGAAAAAGAACGGAUCCGAUACCUCAGCACUUACCAUGGCCUUCAGAUUCAGAACAACGUCACUGAUUACUUCAAAUGUAAAAUAACCAUCGGUUCCCUGGCUACCGUGGAGGUUGUUUUCGUCAUCAGGGUUCACUGGAUCCACUUCAAGGUUACACGCAGCAAGAUGGAGGUCAACGGUUUUCAGACUUCUGCUGUCACUCCCGAGGAACUCCAUGUGAUUUCUAAGGGUUUUAAACUCAAUGAGAGUUACCUAUUCUUUAGGCUCCUAACAGUACCAAAGAAAGGGCAGCUAUUCCUCGAUAACAAAGUUCUACAGCGGAACUCAACCUUCAGCCAAAAGAAUAUCACAGAUGGCUUGAUGAAGUACGAGCUGCUCAACACGCUGCAGGACGACACAAGAGACACAUUCAGCUUUCAGGUGUUUUCAACGCAUGCCAACUCAACAGAUUACGACUUCAGAAUCAACAUCAAAGCCGAGUCGAGCGCCAUCCCCGUUGUAAACAAAGGCCUUUCAACCCUGGAAGGAGGAAGUAACGUCAUCAGCAAAGAUAUGCUGUUCACUCACACAGCAAGUAACCGGGAGGUCCACUACAGCAUCACUGUGAGCCCCAGGCACGGCCAGAUAAGAAGGAUCAACCUUUCCAACUCAACUUCCUUUAAGGACAGCAUUUUGACAUUUACAAAUCAGGAUAUCAUCGAGGAGAAGAUCAUGUAUGUUCACGACGACAGCGAGACUAAGCAGGAUUCCUUCAUUUUUAAAAUUAUGGUUUACAAACAGCACAAACGCACCAGCAAGAAGGAAGACAAAAACACAACCGAACACACCUUUAAUAUCAGUGUGCGGCUCGUCAAUGAUCAAAGACCUGUCAGGGUUGUUGAUAAAGUUUUCCAUGUGGCCCGCGAUGGGCAGAGACUGGUGAUGUUGAAUGACCUCCGUUUCCGGGACGAUGACUCAGACUUUGAGGACAGUUGGUUGGUGUACACGCGGAGGGGGAUUCCCAUGGGAGAGCUGGUGCUGGCCAGUGAUACCAGCCGCAAGCUGUACGAGUUCACACAACGGGACCUUGAGCAGAAAAAAGUGUUGUUUGUCCACAGAGGAGUGAGUUUUGGGCGUUUUGUGCUUUUCGUAUCAGAUGGGAAACAUUAUGUUUCAACACUGCUGGAGGUGAUGGCGCAGGAUCCUUACCUUCAUGUCGAGAACAACACAGGCCUCAUCGUCCAGCGAGCUGGGAUCACAACCUUGACCUCUGCUAACCUCAGCAUCUUCAGCAACCUUGACAUACGAGACCCACAGGAAGUGACAUUUGAGGUCUACCUUCCACCUAAACAAGGUGUGCUCUGCUUUACUGAUGAGACUGCAACGAAAGCAGAUGCAAUUACAAUAUUCACCCAGCAAGAUUUGGUGGCGGGGCGCUUGGCAUAUCACCAUGACGGCAGCCCUGAGUUGUCAGAUGGGUUCAACGUGACGGCGAGAGCAAAGAGGAUGGAGCUACAGCUGGACAUCGGAGUGACGGUAAAAAUCUACCUGGAGAGUCACCAGAGGCCUCCAACCGUCAUAAGUAACCAUCCAGUGGUGGUGGCGGAGGGACAUAACGUCUCCAUAAGCAAGGAGCACUUAGAGGUGGUUCAUGAGGACAGCACACCCUCAGAGAUAGUUUUUACUGUCCAAAGGCCUUCCCACCUUGGGCUUUCUUCAGCGGUUUCCCUCCAACGACAAGCACCAGAACAACAAUGGAGACCAGCAGCACCUCCAUCAAGUACAGGCAUCAGAGAGCAGACAACGAAUUCCUUCACCCAGGAGGACCUCAACCAGGGAUUGAUCAUCUACCAUCAGCAGGCUGCUGGACACACCAAUGACUCUAUUUUGUUAGAGGCAACCAACGGGGUCACAAAGGUCGGAUCUAUCAGCCUGGAGAUUGACAUCAUCCCUCUCCUCCUCCCUCUACAGGUGUCUGACUUGACCCUUGAUGAGGGGUCGGCCCUGCUGCUGACCUCUGACAUUAUAAAGGUAGCCAAUCAUCAUUUCUCAGGGAUGAACUUCCUGUACCAGGUCAUUGUUCCACCGCACCACGGACACUUGGAGCACAGCCGGAUCCCGGGGAUGCCCAUCACUGCUUUCACUCACACUGAGCUGGAACGUGAGUACAUUUCCUAUAUCCAUGACGGCAGCGACACACUGAGAGACAACUUCACCAUUGUGGCCAAUCAGACGGAAAUCAGGAAGCACAGUCUGCCCUGCACCGCUCACAUCAAUGUCACACCUGUCGAUGAUGAGACUCCUGUUGUUACAACCAACAAGGGUCUGAAGGUAUGGGUGGGUUCAGUGACAGAAAUCACCACAGGUGAUCUCAGUGCAGAGGACCCGGAUACUCCUGAGCCUGAUGGGCUGGAGUUUAUCGUCACACCACCCAGCAACGGCCACCUGGCCCUGAAGAGCGCCCCUUCCAGACACAUCUUGAACUUCACCCAGAAUCACAUACAAACCGGACAACUGAUGUUCGUGCACAGUGGUGCUUUAUCGGGUGGCUUUCAAUUCCAGGUGAACGACGGUGCGAACUUCGCCCCUCGCCAGAUCUUCAGCACAACUGCCCACUCUCUGGUCCUCACACUGCAGAGAAAUCAUCCCAUGGAGGUUUAUCCAGGCUCUGUGACACCAAUCUCUGAGCUGGAGCUUCAGGCCGUCACAAAUGAUGUCAGUGACAUCAGAAGAAACCACUCGGUGGUGUUUGCAGUGACUGCUCUUCCCAAACUUGGCAGCCUGGUCCGACGUAUGCCUGACAACUCUAUGCAAAACAUAUCCACGUUCACACAAAGCAUGGUGAAUGAUGGAGUUAUCUUGUACGAUCAGAACAAGCCACAGUCAGUGGGAUGGUCCGCCGGGGACUAUUUCUCUUUCACCGUGUCCUCUCCUCCUGCUUUCCUUCCACCACACACAUUCACCAUCUCAAUCUCCUACCAGGCCAACGAGCAUCACGACAGCCUUCAACACAAGACCAGACUACUGAACAACGCAGGUGCUGUGGUGGCCGAGGGAGGCAGGGUGACGAUCGACGGGUCGAAACUGGACGCCUCCAAUCUGCUCGGCAAAGUUCCAGAGUCCCACCAGAAAGAACACCACAUCCUGUACCGCAUGAUUUCCCUGCCGCACCACGGGACUCUCUCUAUACGGGGACAUAACCUCACCAGGAACCAACCUGAUUUCUCCCAGGUCACCCUGAACAAGUUCGGCAUCACAUACCUCCACGACGACUCAGAGACGACAAGCGACAGCUUCACUUUCCGGGCCUGGGUGGCUCCUUUGAAUCUCUCCUCUUCUUCCUCCUCAUCUUCCUUGCUGGUGGUGACGGAGACGUUCAACAUCACAGUGACGCCGGUCAACGACCAUCCGCCACUCAUCAGGAGCAGAUCCCCGAGUAUGAAGGUCGUAGUUGGAGAGAGCGUCAUACUCGGACCUGACAAUCUGCAGGUUGAGGAUCAUGACACCCCUCCAGAAGAGCUGCACUACCUUGUGAUCAGUAAGCCCAACAAUGGCUACCUGACACUGGGGGAAAGACUGGAGCCGGUGACCUCCUUCACCCAGUACGACGUCAACCACGGCCGGCUGCACUUUAUACAGCAGGGCGAGCCCUCAACAGGUGUUUUCUACUUCAACGUAACCGACGGUCAUCAUCGUCCACUCUACAAACUGUUUAGUCUGGAGGUGAUAAAGCCCUCUGUCUCCAUGGUGAACAACACCGGUCUGUCAUUGGUUCAAGGCAGGACCGCCGUUGUCCUGACAACCAACCAGCUUGCAGCUCACACCAACACUCGCAGGCAGGCCAACAUCACCUACACGGUCACUACACACCCUCGCCACGGACGCAUCGCUAUUAACGACCAGGAAGUCACGACCUUCUGCCACGAGGACUUGCAGUUUGGCCGUGUUGUCUAUCACAUGACUGAUCUCAGCGAAUCAGAGGACAGCUUCCAAGUCUCGGUGUCAGCCUCGUCCCCGGGUGUUGACUAUGGAAAUGUAACAUCACAGACGGUGAAGGUAACUGUGCGGCCUCUGGUCUACCUGAGGGAGCAAGUGAGGGUGCCCAGUGGUAUCGCCGUGAAACUGGGGAAAGCCAUGAUCGAUGCCUCUGAGCUGGCGAGAAUCAGCAGAGACAACCCGCUCUUUCAGGUUCUUUCUCCACCAAAGCAUGGGAAAUUAGUCAAGAUGAGCUAUGACCCUAACAGAGCAUCAGAGGUGCUGAAGUCAUUCACGUUCAGAGAUGUGGUGCAAGGCCGGGUCGCCAUCGAGGAGACUCUCAGCCACGCCCCCGCCACACCUCUCAAUGACUCUUUCACCUUCCUGCUGAAGGCUGGAAACGUCCAACCAGCAAAGGGCGAGCUCCACUUCACCAUCUUUCCCCACCACCAGAUGCAUCACGGUCCAAGCAGUUCCAAUACUGACGGUGCGAGUCAUGUACACACAACAACCCAACUUCCAACACAUAAUAAGACUACUACAGGAAGAGGAGGUGAUCGAGGGGGUUCCACGGCGUUCAAUGGGGCCGGGGUGGGUUUCCCCACACACAUUUUGUUGCAUAAGAACCAUAACAGGACACAGCACAAGGUGAAGCCUCACAGCCGCUGGGGCAACCAAACACGGAGUGGGAGUCACAGAGGUAGAUCAGAGAGUCGUGCAGAGGGAGCAGGAGGAGGUCACAGUCACGGCCCACAACCCCACACUCCUUCCGUUGCAGACAAACGCGGUCCAGUGAUCCCUCCUGACAACCACCCGGUCCACGUUGAGUUCCUCCCUCGCCCCGCCUCCGACCCUCUCCUCAUUAUCUUGCCACUGCUCGCCUGUUUGCUCCUCAUCAUAAUCCUCGUAGUUUUGAUUUUGGUGUUCCGCCGCCGCAGGGAGAAACAGGCCCGGCUGCGAAUCCGGCAGCAGCUCGCUGCAUUGGCGUUAGCCACUGAGGGCAGCCCUUACCAUGGCCGGGCGGAGCGGAGCUUGGCUAUGCCCUCUGUGGUGGUCACCCCACUCGGCCCUGCAAGCUGCCCUAACUCACCCAGUGUAACCAUAAGUCCCAGGAGGAGGAGUCUGGCCCCCGGGAUGACCUUCUGGGGGCCCUUGAAAGCUGAUGGAGCAGAUGGUGAAGGGAAUAUUAGAGGUAAUAACAGUGAGGAAAGAGAUCAUUUAACUGCAGGAUUCAAGACUCUGAGAUCUAGGUCCUGUACUCCGACUCUAAAAGAAAACCAGUACUGGGUUUGAUGGAAGUAAUCCAAAGAAAAACUGUGCCUUCUUCUAAGUGUUCAAAUACACGUGGGUACUGGCUAGGGGACAUCUGACCUGCUAUGAACUUUUUAAAAAGAGGACAAAAAUAUGCACAUUUGUUUAUAAGAAAUAUAUAAUGGCCAUUAUAUUUAAAUAAUUUCACUGAACCAACUUGAACAGAACACAUCUUUGUUGUAACGAUGUACUAUGAGGAGCUGUGAGGUACUAUUCAAUGUACACAGAAUCCAUUAUUACUGCUAAUGCAGAUGCAAAUUCACUGCAAUGGCGUGACAUGAGCACAGCCACCAUUUGUUCCUUUACGCAAAGAUAACAUUUGCAUAUACAAACAGGCUCACUGAUUCCUCAAAACACUGGUUCUUCUACAGAUGUGAUGAAUAUAGUAUUAUUAUUUUGGAACUGUGGCUGUACAAGGAAGUGAAACAUAGACUGAAGUUUAUUGCAUGUACUUUGGAAAUGUAGUUGCAUUUUAAGUUAGUACAAAAGAUUUAGUAGUGUAGCUGGUAAUUAGUUCUAGGGUUUUAGGUUCAUUCCCCUCAUUCACUGCUCUGCACACUUUUCUGUUUCCUUUGUCUGAUGUUGAAACAGCUUAAGGCAGUGAGCUGUCAUGUAACUGUCUCAGAUAGUCCAUACAGUAUUAACAUGUCAUGAUGACAUGUAAAGACAAAGGUUGCUUCCUCAGUUCUUGAUUGACUUUCACAUUUUUGUCACCUGUGUCCCGUUUUAUGCCAUGUAC